GGAAAGUAUGGUGGGGCAGACGGUACUUAAAACUGGCGAACUUGAUGUCAAAUCUCCUCCUAAGUCAACUUUAACACGAGGAUGGCGACCUCCGCCGUGGAAGACUCGACGGGUUGAUCUUGUUAGGGACGGAGAAAUAAUAGAAUUAAGUAUAUACAAACAAAACUCUGACGAUUUAGUUCGAACCUACCAGCUUACGAAUAUAUCAGAUAUUACAAUGGUGACGUCAAAAACUCACUUACAUGCAUUUGAAAUUAUUUCCGCGGGAGAAUCACUUAUUGUUAUGUCCGGAUCCACGGAGCUUGAGAGCAGGGACUGGAUAUGGACUUUGAGAAAACUAUUCUGGCCGGAUGCACUUGAACAUAUAGACACACACGAUAAGAUAUGUUUAAAGUUGAUAUUAAAUGAUGACACCAAGAAAAUACGACUAUCGGAUGGGGUCUAUGAUCUUCGAGUAACUACAGUUUCCAUAGUGAUUAGUCAUCUUCAUAGAGGAGACAGUCGGGCCACACCUGUUGAGCCGUUUGAUGAAAAAGAGGCAAUAAAGUCAGUUAACCUGCCUUUAGUACACAUUGCAAGAUUCAAACUUGAGAAAGCUGAUGGAAGAGUUCGCUUGAUGAUAGAAACCAUUCCUGAGAGUAAAUACGGAUCCAGCACUUUUGUAUUUGAAGAGACGGAAGAAAGUAGCAAUCUGACUGCAAAAGAAGCGUUAAACAUCUUGAAGAGUUCAGUUUUUACCGCUACAAAUAGUUUACAUGACUGCAUUGCAAGUUCAAAGUGGACUUUUGACGAACAGUCUUAAGGCGGAAAAAUGAACGAAAUAUGUUAUUGCCACAUAUGAGUGGUAUUUUCUUUGU